UUUUAAAAUGUCAUUUUUAAUUUAUUGCAGUAGAUUAUUUAAAAGUAUCAGGAUCUGGAACUAAAAUUGAAAAUGAUUUUAAUAAACAAUCAUGUUAUUAGAAUAUAAUAGUCCGCGUAUGGAAUAAAGUGAAUUCGAAUUUUGAAUAUGUAUUGUGACAUUAUAAUAAACAUUUGUAAAUAUUUACGUAAAGCAAAGUCCAUUACAAUAAUAAAAUUAUAGAUUUUAUAUAUAGAUUUUAGUAUCCAACAUGAAGUCAUUUAGACUAAUAGUACAUCAGAAAAACUUUAGUGAUGAAGAUUUGAUUAUAAACCAAAAAGAUUAUCCAGAAGCUAAAAGAAAUCAUAUUGUUGAAAUAUAUCAUCCUCCUCCGCCCGAGGAGGAACAUCAGAAAACUAAAAACAAACCUGAUGUAGAGGAGGAGUUUCCUAGACUUCUGUUGCAAAUAAAGUCAUUUGGUAAUGAUUUGCUACAAACUAGGGAGACCAUUAGCGUUGAACAGAGUAUAGCUUCUGCUUUUGGUCUACAAACAUAUAAAAAUGUUACCAUAAGAUUAGUAAAUCCUGCUGAUGUCGCAUUGGAUUCAAUAGAAUUAACUUUUAAGGACCAAUAUAUGGGAAGAUCAGAAAUGUGGAGACUGAAAAACAGCUUGGUUAACACGUGUGUAUACAUGAAUAAAAAAUUGGAAUUUUGUGGUGGUGCUGUACGUUGUCAAGUAUACGAAAUGUGGGCCCAGGGGGACCGAGUAGCUUGUGGUGUCAUUACUGAUGACACUAAAGUCGUAUUUCGUUCAUCUACUGCUAUGGUGUACAUAUUUUUGCAAAUGUCAUCAGAAAUGUGGGAUUUUGAUAUAUAUGGAGAUCUUUAUUUUGAAAAAGCGGUGAAUGGUUUUCUCUCUGACUUGUUCAUGAAAUGGAAGAAAAAUGGAAGCAAUCACGAAGUAACCAUUGUACUUUUCUCAAGAACGUUUUACGAGGCCAGCAGUUUAGAAGAGUUUCCUCAGCACAUGAGGGAAUGUCUACAAAAGGAUUACAAAGGAAGAUAUUACGAGGACUUUUAUAGAGUUGCUGUGCAAAACGAGCGUUAUGAUGACUGGAGCGGUUUCUUAGUACAACUGAGGCAUAUUUUCCAGAAUUAUCUAAAGGUGGUGUUAGAAUAUCAUUCUAGACCAGAUCAAGUCAUUCCUGCUGCCACGAAUAGCACGGCUGCCCAAGGAAAUUUUUUAGAAGUUUUAAAUAUGUCUCUAAACGUGUUUGAAAAACAUUAUUUAGAUCGCAGUUUUGACAGAACAGGUCAGUUGAGUGUGGUGGUUACUCCUGGAGUAGGUGUAUUCGAAGUUGAUAGAGAGCUCACUAAUAUCACUAAACAAAGAAUCAUAGACAAUGGUGUUGGCAGCGAUUUGGUUUGUGUUGGUGAGCAACCCUUACAUGCUGUUCCACUACUGAAGUUCCACAAUAAAGACACCCAUUUAAAUGUACCUGAUGAUUAUUCGAUGCCGCAUUGGAUAAAUUUGUCAUUUUACUCUACUAACAAGAAAAUUGCUUAUUCAAAUUUCAUUCCAAGAAUCAAAUUACCACCUCCACUCCCUGAUGGAGAUGUGAAAAAAGAUUCACCGAGAUCCAAACUUUUACCUGAAGAUGAGUAUAUUCAUAAUUCUUUUUUCGACUAUGACGCGUACGAUGCCAAAAUAUUCCAAAUGCCACCGGCAUAUCACUCCACAGAAAACAGUACACUACAUCACAAAGUACCACCUCGCUAUAAUCGAUUUAAAAGAAGUUCAGGCAGUUUAUUGGAUUCACAGGAUUUCACCAAAGGCCAGCGACGAAAAAUGUCUGACCCUGACAUUCCUCAAAGAAUAAAUUCAAACCCACGCUCGGAACCAAUUGCCAUACCCUCAGCUACUUACACUCCAGUUGUGUCUCCUCAUGCAGAUGUGGAAAGAGAGCUAUCUCCACCUCCAAGGAUGGUGGUUGGUUCAGAAGGUUCACCUCCUUUUGAAUCAAAAGCUCUAAUAAACCCAUUUGAUCCCUCUCAUGUGACAAUUAAACUGACCUCGAAUAGAAGAAGAUGGACCCACAUAUUUCCAAAAGGGCCUACAGGAGUGCUAAUUCAGCAGCACCAUUACCAAGCAGUUCCAGCACAACCAGAUAAGUCCAAUGUGGGAAAUGAAAAUUUGGAGAGACAGAUUUCGUCAAGUAGUAACUUAUCGAAAUCACUGAGCGCUACUGCUGCCUUACAGGAAUAUUGCAAAAAACGCCCAAAUUCACAUAACACGGGUCAUAGUAUUACAGUCACAUCUAAAAAUUCAAUGAAAAGCUCAACCCUCCUUUGGGGCGCAACGGGCGAACAAGAAUGGACUCCCGCCCUGACUACAGUCAAUGACGUUCUCAUAGGAGUGGAUUGGAAGUCUUUAACAAUCCCAGCAUGUUUACCGAUAACAACAGAUUAUUUUCCUGACAAACGAGCUCUCAAUAUCGACUAUGUAGUGUCUCUGUACAGUUUAUUACCAGACAGCGUAAAUGCAGAUUUUGCUCAACAACGUGCUACCUAUAAGAAACCAUUAACUACGAUGGAAGUGUUCAAGGAAUUAAUAUCUCAAAGGUUAGCUCAGGGAUUUCAGUUGAUAUUAAUGGCUGACAGUGCCUUUUGUGGUAAUGGAAUCCCUGCUCCUAACCCAAAAAUGAGGGGCACCGUAAUAAGGAAGAGCCCUACAGAAAAUGACGAGAGUUAUUAUUUAUCGAUUGGAAGACUUUUUCACAAAAUUUCGCUUUCUGGCAACACAAUCUCUGUUACUAGAUAUAGACCUAGGCAUCCAUAUCCAGGAUUCAAUUAUCAGUAUCGUUACCGAUUUUAUGCACCAUGGCAUGAUACAUAUGAGGAAUCUUUUGCCUCAUUUACUACAGAGAAACUUGAACAUUUCAACUGGAAUUAUUUGGACCAUUACGUCUGUACUGGUGGUGAUACAGAAUUUGUCUUAGUUGAUGCUUUGAAAUAUUGGAGGUUUCGGGUAUACUUACUUCCUCUGAACAAUACUGCAACCAAAAAGAUCAUAGAAGGCAAUGAUCACUGUGAUAUUUAUACACUCCCGACAAAUUCCGAUCAUCAGCAGAUGGUGGAUGGAUUGAUUAAAUUUAUAGAAACGGCAGUUAACAAAAUAAAGCGAUCUAGUAUACCAAAGAAGCCAAGGAUGUCACUGAGUAUAUUAAGCCUUCCACCAUUGGCGCAACCUAGACGUAACAGUAUGAGCAAUUUUUCUCAGAAUAUUGGCUCUAAUUCACCGUUUCGAGAAAGAUUAGGUAGCAACAGGCUUUCCGACCGUCCCCGUCCAAGGUCAGGUUCCAAAGUUAUGGACAGGAGUCGAACUUCCCAAAGUUCUCAAGAAUCCAGUUGCGAAUUACGAGAAGGUCACGAAAUGGCAACAGACGAAAAUACUGUGCCUACUAUUAUGUUACUCAAAUCCAGUGCCACAGGAACAGAACUUAUAGAAGCAAUGAAGCAUCCUACAAGUGGAUUAUCGUUUAUUAAUCUGCCACAGAAUCUGCCAAAUUUUACAUUUGUGACUGCUGAUUCAGUGAACUGGCUAAUGACACAUAUGGAAGGUGUUACGUCAGUUGAAAAAGGCGUUCAGGUUAUGCAAACAUUACAUAAAGAACAAUUAAUUCGUCAUGGAUCUGGAGACGUUCAGAGAUCUUUUCUGUAUGGUUUUUAUUUGUUUUACAUUGUCUAUAGUGAUAAAGACGAUAAAGAUAUUCUUCAACCAUGUGGUGACAUCCAAGGUUUCGAAAAUGAAUGGAUGGAAGUAGAAGUAAAACCCCCUUUAAACUGGGGAUUAAACACUUCACCAGUGGCUCUGAAAGUUCCCAACUCAGUUUCAGACAGAGAACGAGGAGUUCCUCAUUUUCUGUGUGAGGACAUCGAUGCGGAAUAUUCUGAUUGCGACGUUGAUGGGAUAAUGUACAACCGAAUGAGAUUAGAGACUGAUGUAACCGGAAAAAGUGAUAGAGUUGAAUGGGGUCAUACAAGGUAUCAGACAGUAUUCCGACCUGAUCAAGCCUACGAAUUGGUUGUAGAGUGGUUGACUUCUUCAGGUUCUAUAGUUUUUGAACUGCUCAGCGGAUGGCAUCGAAAAGCUCAGAGUUGUGGGUUACAAAUGAUUCCAAUACCACACGACCCACUAGCUCUACCUUAUUCUAAUAAAUCUGAUCCCUUAAGAGGUCCUAUAUUCGUACCUCUCAAUAUUAAAUGUUUAGAAGAAAGAGAUAGAUUAUUUAAAGAAUUUAAGGAAGAUACUUAUACGGAACGGUUAUUUUUAUUCCAAGAAGCAAUUGUUCAAAGGUUUGGAUUCAUUUCAUGUCGAGUGGAACACGCGAAUAAGGCUAAUCGUUCAUCCGAACAUCAGUACAUUCAUGCAACAGGUACGGUGUUCAUAUUGGUAUCUAGUGCUAUGCCUAAAAUAAAGAGUCGGACCAGUUCUUCUGUGCGGAGCAGUACUGGACGUUAUUCUGUUCAUGCUGAUGUUGUGCCAAGUCCUCAUGAAGCAUACAUUACCAGGCAUGUGUCUGGUAAAAAUAAAGAUGAUUAUGACAAUUCUAGAAAGAUGGGAUUUCUCUGGUGUUGGAAUCACAUGGUUAGCAAAAGGUGGAGAACAAAUCAAGGUGUAGACACUAACUUCCAAUUAAAACUCUUGAGAGACUUCCGUGAAUUCUGUAUCAAUUCAGAAGAUAGAUUGCGUACCUUUUGGCAAGAGAGUUGGGAUGCCAAAGAAACUGCGAUGUCUUUUAUGAACAGCAGUAGUUCCAUAUCCAACAAUUUGAUAUAAUGAAUAUUUUGUAUGAUGUGAUUAUUUGUUUUUCUAAAAACUAUUUUUAUUACAAAUUGUAUAAUA